GCUCAGUGAAUCACAUGUCUGCGCUGUCCCGUUAUCCGAUGGUAUAAAUACUGGCAGCAGCGACGCUGGUGCAGCUUCAGACGGUCUGGAGUCUCAGGAAACAAACAGAGGUCUUUCUCAUCAUUGCCUGCUGGCCCCCUGAGUCAGAGAGGAUGUUAAUGAUGAUGAUGAUGAUGAAGAGGAAGGGGUCUAAGGAAUCUUUGGCCUUAUUGGCUCUUCUAAUAGCCUCAGCCAGCUGUGUCCUACCACCAUCAAAAGAAGAUCUUAAUGAGAUUUCCCUCCAAGGAGAGAAGUAUCUGGAUCAACAGAUUGAGAAUGCCAUUAAUGGAGUAAAGGAGAUGAACACUGUGAUGCAGAAAUCCUCAGAAGACCACAAGAAGUUUGUUGAUGCCCUGGAGAAAACCAAGCAGCAGAAAGAGGAAGUGAUGCGUGAGGCUCAGGAGAUGGAGGUCAAGCUGGCGAAGGAGGAGGAGGUUUGCAAUGAGACCAUGAAGGCUCUGUGGGAGGAGUGUAAGCCUUGCCUGAAGAACACUUGCGUUAAAUAUUAUUCCCGAACCUGCAGCAGCGGAUCAGGACUGGUGGGACGCCAGCUUGAAGAUGUGCUGAACAGAACAUCUCCAUUCUCCAUCUGGAUCAACGGGGAGAGGAUCGACACUCUGGAGCAGGAGGGGCAACGGCAGAACAAAGAGUUCAAGAACCUGGAGGAAAAAUAUACAGAGAUGGCCCACGGAGUGGACAGCAUAUUCUCAGAUAGCAUGAAGGUGGCUGAUCACGUUCACACCGACCCUCCUAUGUUCUUCUUUCCUAAAUUCCUGGUGCCGUACACUCGUCACAGCAGAAGCAUUCGCUCCCUAUUCCAAGAUCCUUUCCAUAACUUUCAGAGUUUGUUCUCCCCCAUGAUGGGAAUGGGCAGGAAUUUCUUUGACUCAAUGAGCUCCAUGAUGGACGUGGACAACGACAAUCCUCCAAAUGAGGAUGGCAGUGUGAAUGAGGACGUGAUCAUCACUAAACCUUUCGGUGACGGCAGGAUGACCUGCAGAGAGAUUCGUCGCAACUCCGCCGGCUGCAUCAAGUUCCGCGAUGAGUGUGAGAAGUGCAAAGCAAUCCAGCAUCUUGACUGCUCUGGGAAGAAACCUCUGGAGGGCCCACUGAAGGAGGAGCUGGAGGAGGCUCUUGCCACGGCCGAGCGUUUUACCCAGCAGUACAACUCCCUCCUCAAGACGUUUGAAGAGCAGAUGUUUAACACCUCCUCCAUCCUGGACAUGCUCAACAGUCAAUUUGGCUGGGUGUCAUCUUUGGCCAACAACACCAAGGACGGAAUCUUCCGCAUCCAGGGGGUGAUGUGCAGAGACAAUGAGGAGAAAGAAGGAGUGGAAAAGGAGCCCACAGAGACCAACGUGUCAGUGCAGCUUUUCGAUUCUCAACCCAUGAACUUUACCGUGCCGGGCGACAUUCCCUGGACCGACCCCAAGUUCUCUGAGGUGGUGGCCCAGGAGGCUCUGGACCGCUACAAGGAAACCAGCGUUGUGGUCAAAUAAGCAUCAGCUACAUUUUCAACCAUAUCUGCAGCUUUGACUGACAAGGGAAUGUCCUGAACUCAUCAAAACACACCUGAACACAACAAACCCAACAGGAACCAAACCCUGAAGCAAACCUACUGAUCCCACCUUUCCUCCAUAAGUCCUGCUUUUACACAGCACAGUUUAACCUCAGAGGUUCAUAUUGUACAUUAGCCCUGCUAUAAGUGAAGAUAGUAGAUAACAGCCCUGACUCAUGUCUGUUGUACCUCUUAAAUACAGUAAGGCCUUCCUGUAUCUGAGCUGGGCCUCCUUAACAGGGGCCACACUGCAAAAAGUAUAUGUAUUAAUGUUUAACAUUUCUGUUUUGGGGAUAUUAAUAACUACAAUUAAGCUAAAUAUGGUUUUCAUUUGUUGUAGAAAUUCACAGUAAAGUUUUUUUCUCCCCCAUCCAUUGCAGAGGCAUCGUUGUUCAUAUGUCAAAUAUUAUCUAUGAUGGCUUAAGUGGUUGAUUGACUUAAAUUACAACUGUUCAUUCAAGACAUCUAAGUGGUAAAGUGAUUGCUUUGAGCCGCUCUUUAAAACAGCAAUACAUAGAUGUAAUAAAACCUUCUCAAACAUA